AAAUAAAUAAAUAGUCGCCGUGCUGCGCAGCUCCCUAAGCGGUUGCCACCAAAAGAGACGGUUGGGGGAACCGUUGUGGCCGGCGCUACACGAGGCAAACGACUUUUCCCUCCUCUCGACUGGACCCCGUGAGCACCAGAGCCGGCGUAACUAUCGCCUGACAGGGUAACUGAAGUAAAAGGGGCAUUUAAAUCAAACGGUAUUGAGAUGGAUUGGGUUAUGAAACAUAAUGGUCCAAAUGACGCUAGAGAUGGGACAGUACGACUUCGUGGACUACCAUUUGGUUGCAGCAAAGAGGAAAUAGUUCAGUUCUUUCAAGGGUUGGAAAUCGUGCCAAAUGGGAUAACAUUGAUGAUGGACUACCAGGGGAGAAGCACAGGGGAGGCCUUCGUGCAGUUUGCUUCAAAGGAGAUAACAGAAAAUGCUCUGGGGAAACACAAGGAAAGAAUAGGGCACAGGUAUAUUGAGAUCUUCAGAAGUAGCAGGAGUGAAAUCGAAGGAUUUUAUGAUCCAACAAAAAGAUUGCUGGGACAGCGACCGGGACCAUAUGAUAGACCAAUAGGAGAAAGAGGGGGUUAUUAUGGAGCUGGGUGUGGAAGUUAUGGAGGUUUCGAUGACUAUGGUGGCUAUAAUAAUUAUGGCUAUGGGAAUGAUGGCUUUGAUGACAGAAUGAGAGAUGGAAGAGGUAUGGGAGGGCAUGGCUAUGGUGGAGCUGGUGAUGCAAGUUCAGGUUUUCAUGGUGGUCAUUUCGUACAUAUGAGAGGGUUGCCUUUUCGUGCAACUGAAAAUGACAUUGCUAAUUUCUUCUCACCAUUAAAUCCAAUACGAGUUCAUAUUGAUAUUGGAGCUGAUGGCAGAGCCACAGGAGAAGCAGAUGUAGAGUUUGUGACACAUGAAGAUGCAGUAGCUGCCAUGUCUAAAGAUAAAAAUAACAUGCAACAUCAAUACAUUGAACUCUUCUUGAAUUCUACUCCUGCAGGUGGCUCUGGCAUGGGAGGUUCUGGAAUGGGAGGCUAUGGAAGAGAUGGAAUGGAUAAUCAGGGAGGUUAUGGAUCACUUGGAAUAAUGGGAAUGGGGAACAAUUACAGUGGAGGAUAUGGUACUCCUGAUGGCUUGGGUGGUUAUGCCCGUGGUGGUGGAGGCAGUGGAGGUUACUAUGGGCAAGGUGGCAUGAGUGGAGGUGGAUGGCGUGGGAUGUACUGAAAGCAUAACCACCAACAUACAAGUAUUGACAACAGCAUCUGGUCUACUAGACUUUCUUACAGAUUUAAUUUCUUUUGUAUUUUAAGAACUUUAUAAUGACUGAAGGAAUGUGUUUUCACAAUAUUAUUUGGUAAAGCAACAGAUUGUGAUGGGAAAAUCUGUUUUCUGUAGGUUUAUUUGUUGCAUACUUUGACUUAAAAAUAAAUUUUUAUAUUCAAACCA